AUGCGACCCAUCCCAUCCAGAUUUAGCUAUCUGUUACUACACGUAUUUGUAUUUUGCUACAAUGCUCAGGUAACCAACCAGUCCCCGCCUAAUUUCACGCAGCAUGUAAGCGAGCAGAGUAAAGGGACGGACCGCGUGAGCCGCAGGUUGAUCCGUAUCUACCAGCUAUACAGCCGGACCAGCGGCAAGCACGUCCAGGUCCUGCCCAACAAGAAGAUCAACGCCAUGGCCGAUGAUGGAGACGUGCACGCUAAACUCAUUGUGGAAACGGACACAUUUGGGAGCCGAGUGCGCAUUAAGGGGGCUGAGACAGGCCUCUACAUCUGCAUGAACAAGAGGGGGAAGCUCAUCGGCAAGAAAAAUGGCCAUGGCCGUGACUGUAUCUUCACUGAGAUUGUUUUGGAGAAUAACUACACAGCGCUGAGAAACGCCCACUAUGAGGGAUGGUAUAUGGCCUUCACCCGCCGCGGGCGGCCACGGAAGGGCUCACGGACGCGCCAGCACCAGCGUGAAGUACAUUUCAUGAAAAGGUUGCCAAAGGGGCAGCAGCCUGCUCACCCAAGCUACCAACGGCCUUUUGACUUCAUCCACUACUCAUUCAGUCAAAGGACUAAACGCACGCGAUACUCAUUAGAGGAGUAAGAUUGAAAAGACAGAAAGGGGAAAAACUGACAAACUGACUGAAUUAGCAGCAGCCAACAAAGUCCUCUGCUCUCCACAAAAAAACUCUGGAGACAUGUUUUUAUAGUGAGCAUUACUUUAUCUUAAUUUGUAGUUUGUUUGAUAUUUUUUUCAAAGUAAAAGAAAAGCUGUACAAUGGGAAAAAAUGAGAAAUCUAUUUUUGUACUUCACACUUUUGAUACUGACCUGGGUUAAGUUUUUUUAGAUGCACAUACCUUGUGUGACUUAUUGGGGAUAUCUGUGUGUGUAGUAGAGUGUGUUGUGUUGUUUUUGUCGUUUUAACCAGUGGAGUCAUUUACUGGACUCUUGCCUGCUGCUCAAGGAGACUUAAAGUGCCCUGAUUGACCGCAAUCCCAGGGAACGCUGCAUUCAGAGACAAAACUGCCACACACCGCAUUAGGGAACGCAAGGGUCAGUAAACAUUGCUUAAGAGCAUCGUGAUAACACUGGAGUGCUGAAGCUUUUUGUUAGAUGCUGCAUCCUGACUAAGCUCAUUCUAUAUCAUGCUCACACAGCUCAAGGAAACAGAGCUUUAACAACGUCAGAUGGAACAAUGUGGCAGCUACAUUCGAUAAUCACAGGUUGGCUGUUCUGACUGUAAUGGUAUAAAAAAUGUAAACAUGUAAACAUUAAAGUAUUAGGAACCCCUCAAUACACCCAUUAUCCCUUAUCCAAAUCUGUAGCCCCCUGAAUGUUUUUAUACUUAUAUAAAUAUAUUUUUAUUUGAG